CACUUUCCGCAACUUAUGGGAUAAAGUUUAAAGCUACUAACAAUAAACGAACCCAUUAUCAUCUAGUAGGUCCAUUCGAUAAAGAAAGCGCCCCAGAGUUGCUACCAUACCAAACGGGUGAAGGACAAUUCUAUGAAAAUGGUGAGGAUAUACGUUAUGGGUAUAGUAAACUCUCACCCGACGAAUUAGAGAACGCUCCCAGUUCUGAUAUACAGUUGCGUCAAGAAUUGUUUGAUAUCGUUUAA